AAAUAAUAAUAAAAAAAGGAACGGUGACAUGAGUCAUCACCAACGUCUCUCUGCUUAAAUUCACAUACACCACUCACUCUCUCCAUAAAAAAAAAAGAAAAAAGGAAAAGAGAAAAGUUGUAUAGUUUUUCCUCCCCCACCUUCCUUCCUUCUUCGCCACCCACACAAAACGACAACCACCGCUGCUCCCCUUUCCACUUCCAUCAUUGCUAACACCUCCACGUAACCGUUCUCCGUCCGCAACCCAUCUUCAUCAUUCACCUCCACCGCAAAAACCCACACGCCGGCGGACUCAAACAACCACACAACACACAUCGCCGACAAAAAUCCUUCUCCAACCGCCGUGAUCUAAAGCCGACGAACACCACCGUCGCAACGCCCUUCUUCCGCUUCACCCUCACAAACCCUCCUUCUCCGAAUCUCCUUCGCCAACAAGAAAAAUCCGACCGCCGUACCACCACACACGCGACUCGCAUCUCCGAUCUACUUUUCCAUUUCGAUUUCAACUUCACCCUUUUCCACCAUCACAGUUUCACCAUUACAUACCCUUGAAACCACCUUCAAUCUAUUCAAUCUAUAUUGCUACUAGUUCGCUCACCUUCAUUUGCAUAUACUAGUUGUGGACCGGUCAUAAGCUUCAACUCGCAUCACUGCUCAUGAGAAGGAGAAAUAUCUAUUACUGUUAUGUGAACUCUAGUGCAGGUUAAAAAAAGCGGAGCGUAAGCAAGGAUUUGGCCUUUUAGAUGUUCGUAAAAAGCGGAAACCACAAUAGCACAUGACUUAAUUCUCUACAUCAAGGAGGCGGUGCGUGUUGGAUUCAAUUGAAGUUUCGGCGUGCCCAAUAUCGCAACAACAUUGACAUCAUUUGACAACGUUGGUAACACUUUGAAAGAUUAAUUUUUGUGAUUGAGUUUUUAAUUGUUAGAUUAGGUGUGAUUUAGUGAUGAACUGUGUUGUUGUCUUGUGAACCUUGCGAGCGUUCACGUAAUAGGUUGCUGUUUUCUUAAAACUUUUCUUAAAACUUCGAAAGGUGAAUUUUUCUUAACUGUGUUGGUAUCUUCUAACUUCGAAAGUUGCUAUUUUCUAAAAACUUUUCUGCGUUACCAUGUCGUAUUGAUGGUGCGGAGCUGCUAUUUUGCUUUUAUUUUCGCUGCCGGUAUAGCCGGGUUCAAUAGGUGGUUUUCACUCUGUUGAUUUUUCUUUCAGCAUAUUUAUGUAAUGUCAAAGUUUUUUUUAUGUCAUUUUCAUUCUGUGAGUUCUAUUUUUGAUGAAUGGUUUGCUGCUACAUUACUCUGUUACAUCUUGAAAUUGGUUUGUUUAGCUUUUUUUUUCUUUUUUUUCCGGUGAUAUUGUAGUAACCUUUGGUGAGCUGCUAUUUUUUCCAUUGCAUUUUGAAAACUGGGUUUGGUUUGCAGAGUCGACAUUAUUUAUAAGCCAGCAUACCGCAAAUUGUUUUUCUCUCUUCAGAUACGUUAGUGUAAAGUUGAUGCUUUUUUCUCUCUUCAGAUACGUUAGUGUAAAGUUGAUGCGUCCCUCCUGAGUUUCGGCCCACCUUUUUGCCUUUUCUAUUAUGCGCCUUAGCAGGCUUUGGUGGCCUUCCGGGCCCAUUUGUUUUCAUAUAUCUCCUUAUUUUAUUUUGGUUAGCAUACGUGUAAGUUGCUGAAUUUACUUGAUUUAAACAUGAGUUUUUUUUUAAAAAAACUUUAUUAUCAUAAUUUGUCUAAUAAUCAACUUAAUUAAUUAAUAUAUUUUAAAUAUAAUUUAGAUAAUUUAUCCACCCUCUUUUUAGAGAUCUGUACGAAGUAUUAUUUGUGCUUGAUUUUUCAUGUGUAUAAAUUGAUUGGUUUCACAUGAGUGGUAUGUUACAAAUCACGAUAAAUCAUUUCACAAUUCCAUCGGUUACUUAUGCCAUUUCCACUCUAAUCAAAUUAUUUAAUUAAUUAAAUUUUGUUUAGUUAGUUAAUUUGGAUUAAUUAAUUUUAAUUAACCUGAUUAUUUGAUCUAAUUAAAUAAUUUUGGUAAUUAAUUUUAAUUACCUUAAUUAGUCGAUUUAAUCGAAUUUUAAUAAAUUAAUAAUUAAAUAUUGAUUGAUUUCUUCCAUUAUCAUUUCAUAAUACACACUCGAUUUCAUUCAAUUUCAUCAUCAAUCCAAAACCACAAAUAAAUCGCACAAUUCUCGAUUCAAAGUUGAUCCCAUUUACAAACACCUUUGUAAGUCGAUUGUUUUUAAGCAUCGUCAUCAACCUCACAUAGCUUACUCUUGGGUUUUCUUACAAUGAGACCUAUUCGAUUUUAAUUAAUCGAGUAGAUGAUUGAUUCACUAAAUAAAAAUCCAAUUUAUCCGCAAAUACAAAUCCAAAUCUCGAUCUAAUGUCGAUUAUUUUUAUUCAAAUCAAAUUAAAAUACACAAUCAUAAUUGAGUACCCUUUCAUUUGGAAAUGAAAAGGGGAAUGGUUUUGAGUUUUCAAUUCCUCUCCUCGAUUAUUUGAAUACGAGUUCUCUUACUCGGUUAGUCAAAUAGUUGUCAUUUCUAUCCAUUUAAGCACAAUCAAACCGAAACAUUUUUGUAAUAAGAAAUGAAAAGGGAGAUGACUUUGAGUUUUCAACUUCUCUCCUCAACUGUUUGAAUACGAGUUCUCUUACUCGGUUAGUCAAAUAAUUGUCAUCUCUCUUAAAGACUUUCCUAACUCGUUUAAAUCAAACUAUUUCAUAAUAACGAAAUAAAAAAGAAGAUGACUUUGAGUCUUCAACUUCUCUCCCAAUUGUUUGAAUACGAGUUCUCUUACUCGGCCAGUCGAACAAUUGUCAUUUUUCCACCAACUUAUACUGUAAGUCAAAUCAUUUCAUAAUAAACUGUACGAAAAGGGAGAUGGUCUUGAGUUUUCAAUUCCUCUUCUCAAAUGCUUGGAUAUGAGUUGUCUUACUCAGUCAUUCAAGUACUUGUCGUUUAUUCUAAAAAUACAUCAACCAUACACAACCUUAUUUUCAUCACUACUAAGGACGAAAAAGAAAACGGUCUAGAGUCUUCUAUUCCCUUUUCCGAUUAUUAGGAUACGAGUUGUCUCACUCGGCUAUCCGAGUAUUCGUCAUCCAUUCAACAACACAUUAACUAUUAUCAAAACCUUUUAUAAUUAAGGAGGAAAAAGAAAGUGGUCUAGAGUUUUCUAUUUCCUUUCCCAAUUAUCAGGAUACGAGUUGUCUUACUUGACUAUCCGAGUAAUCGUCAUCCAACAAAAAUAUCUCAACACAUCAAAUUUAUCUGUCCUCGCCCCGUGCGAUCGAAACCAAUCAAACAUAUUAAUCCAACUUGUCACCUCCGUGUGAUCAAAACUCUUUUCAAAAAGAACAUUGUUAAUCCUUUCUAAUGCGCACAACAAACCAAUGCUUAAGCCUCCGCCGAGAGUAGACAAGCCAACGUUUAGCCUUUAGGAUGCGAUCCAAACAGUUGUUCAUUAAAAAACACCAACCAACCGUAGUUCCUCGAACUACGAAUGCUCUGAUUUCCUUAUUAUACCAUAAGGAUACGUAGGCAGGAGAUUGCUAUAUCUUCCCGAGCACACUAAUAAAAAACCUCCCUUUUCUCCUUUCUGAGGUUCUGAUCCGUUUCUUUUUUUAAAAAUAAUUUUAUAACCUAAAGAUAACAAACAAACAUAAAUUAACACUCGAAACACACAUUAGAACUAAAAGGUUCCCGUUGAGUACAAUGGACGUAAGGGGUGCUGUAGCACCUCAAAUUUGCACCUAUCAUUGUACAUACAUUUUCAUAUUAGGUCAUAGCAUAUCAUGGUCCAUUGCAUAGCAUUGCAUUGCCUCUUUUGCUUCAAGAGCAAGCAAGUCAAGAAAUUAGGUCAAACUGAUCAGAAGAUCAGUCAACCAAGCAAGCAAGCACAAUUCUCAAGGAGCCAAGGCCCUAGGGUUUGUCCAACAAGUUCACAUGACUUGGAGGUCCAUUUGAAGUGUUCAAGUCAAGGGUUGAAGGCUCAGAGGUCAUCAGUUCAUACACAGACAGUCAAAAACCCUAAGACAGUCAACAGUCAGUCAAAGCUGUGGAUGGUGGCCAUUCUUGUGGAAUUUGGGCACCAUGAUCAAUAAUCAAGAGUUCAUACAACUUGAGACAUUAUUUGAAGUCAAGUUCUCAAGGAAUUAGGGUUUGGAAUUCAUCAGAAGAGGUUCAGUCAGGCAGAAACCCUAAAAGUCAACUGUUGGUCAACUGUCCAUUUAAUCAGUGAUUUGAUGAUGGGAUUUGGUUUGAGAGAGUUUAUUCAUGUCCAAAUAGGCCUCAUAUAUCAUGUCAAACACCACCAUGGAAGAAUUUGAAGCCAGAUCAGAAAUUUCCAAAAAUGGAAACUGGACCUGUAACUGAAACUUACCAAAAAUGGAAAGUCUUGAUCCUCAAACUUACAUCAUGAUACAAGCUUCAAAUGAAUUUUUGCCCAACAUGAAAGUUGAAGAUCUUGUUCUCCCAUUUCCAAAAAGUCCAAGAACUCUCAAUUCCCAUGUGUGGUUGGCAAGUUAUGAUCGAAUCGAUUUCAGAAAAUCUUGAACUUCAAAAGGCCAUAUCUCUCAAACCGUUUGGCCAAUUUUGGUGGGGUUUUUUCCUACAAGUCACAUUUGAUCCCCUCUUUCCAAAAAUAUAAAUUUCAUGAGCCAAAACUUCACCAAUCAAAAUGGCAUUUUUUGACUUAUCUCAUUUAAAUUCAAGUUUGACCAAGGGUUGACUUUUUGAAAUAAUCAUCUUUGAACCAUUUGGCCAAUUGAAAUAGCUCAGAAAUGUCAUUUAAAAUGUGUUUGCAAGCUCAAUUAUGCAGUACAUGUGGCCAUUCUUUAACUUGUUUGAAAUUUGGACAAAAGGUACACUUUCACCAUGCUACUCCAUACUAUCCACCAUACCUUGCUUAGUACUCUCAAAUAGCAGACCUUAUGCAUCAUUUCUCUGUCAUUUUGAAACCUCAUUGUGCAGCCAUAACCAACAGAAAAAGGUCAUACCUAGUUGCUUGAAAAUGGGCAAAAGGACACUUUCAUCCAUACUUCCAUGGACCUUGCUUUGUACCAUGACAUAGCAGCCUUGUUCAUCAAUUUUUCUGUCAUUUUUUGAGUACACUACUAGCUGCCAACUUCACUCAUGCUGAAAACUCCUGUGGUGCAUUUUUCAUUUUUCUGUCCAAAAAACUCCAAAGUUACAACCCUGCCUUGCCACAGAAGCAACUUUUCAACAGCAGGUUUGGUGUUGGAUUUUCUGUCAUUAGAGGACAGCAACAGCAGCCAACAUAACAAGAGGAACAAAACCACCUUCACUCACUCCCUCAAGAAUGGACCUUGCUUGGCAUUUGUCUAAAAUCUGUCAAGACUCCCAAAGUGAAAAGCAUUACCUAACCACUAAGCAACAUCCAACAGCAGACCUGAUGCAGCAUUUUUCUAUCAUUUUGAAAUUCAAUUGCAGCCUCUAACCACACAAAUCCUCACUCUCUCUCAUUGGACAUUCUCUCUCAAAAUUGCCAAUGCUGUUCAAAACAACCAGCAACACAAAACAGCAGGGCUUUUCAUCAUGUUUCUAUCAUGAGUAACACUUAGCAGCCAUCAAACAUAACACAACCAAACCUCACUGAUGCUAAAAUCCUCACUCUCUCUCAUUUGGCAUUUUGGACAAAAUUGCAAAUUCAGUUCUAAACAACAAGCAACAUAAAACAGCAUGUCCUUUCCUCAUUUUCCUGUCAUGUGAAACCAGUUGCAACCAACACAAACCAUUUGGGCCAAGGCAAAAAAAAAAAGCCAUUGUUCACUCAUUCUAAAAACUCACCUUGCUUUGCAUUUUUAAAAAAAACUCAGUCCAAACACAAAAGGAACCAGACCUGGCCUUGGCUUGAGGCAAUAUUUUCCACCAUUUUGCUGUCAAAGAAACCAGCUGCAGCCAACCAUCCAACAGCAGAAACCCUUGCUCACACUCAUUUCUCUCAAGCUUCAUCUCUUGCUCAUGAUGAACUGAACCUGCCUUGCUUAACACAAUAUCUCCUCAUCAUUUUUCUGUCAAAAAAAUGAAACCAACUAGCAGCAGCCAUGACACAUGAGAAGACAGAAAUCACUCAUUCAUCUUGCUUUGGCAUUUAGCAUUACCUGUCAAACUUCCAAAAAGAAACAAAACCUGGCACUGCUAUUUCACUAUCCAUUUCAUCAUAGGAAAUCAUUAGCUGCAACCAUCAAACACAUCAAACCAGGAUUCAUUCAUCACUCAUCCUAAAAACCUUCAUUUUAUGCAUUUCCAAAAAGCUGUCCAAGAACCUCCAAAAGAACCCAGCCUUGUAUUGUGUUCUCACCAUCCAAGCAUCAUCUUAGACUCAUGGCAAGCAUCAUCCUUCAUCUGUAAACUCCUUUUCCACUGCUGCUUUGAAAGGACAUCAUCCAUGGCAGAAAUUGUUUGAGCUCAUUCCAAGCAUCCACAAGCCAAAGCUCUUCAACCAAUCAACACUUGGAAGGCCUUGCUUCAUCUGUCUCACCAUUAAAAGGCCAAAACCACACUGUUUCUCAUUCUGCUUCAAUUUUUGGUAUGGAUUCGACCCCCCCCCCCUUUUGUUUAAUUAUUACAUGCUUUCAAAAGGUCUUUCAAUGUUGAGUUUAGUGAUGUCUUUAUUUUUGAAAAUGGUUAAGUAUGUGUGGAGUUAUGCUGUUUGGAAGUUUGAUGAUGCUUAUUUACUUUGCUCGAUUCUUGGCUUGUAUGGUGUUUUAAUGGAAAUCAAUGAUGGAUUCAUGUUUGUCAUUGCUUGCUGGUCACUUGGGUAUAAUCGAUUUUGAUUUUUGGGAAAGUUUGUAAAAUUCGAUUGAAAGAGGGAUGAAGAUGCUGAAACCCUAAUUACCAAAUGCAUUUCCCAGAUUUUCUUCAUCAUUUCCACAUGCAUGGCAUGGCUUUCCUCACCAACCAAUGAAAACAUUUCCUUUUAAUGGCCAAAACGACCGUGUUUAGAUAAGUGACCCAGGGAAUUACAAAAAUGCCAUCCUUGCUUUAUUAAUCCAAAUUAAUUUCACAUUUUAAUCACCAAUCUUGCAAAAAUCAUAAAUGCUUCAAUUUUAAUCCAAUUUGAAUGGGAUUUUUUGUGUUGUGUUCAUCAUGAUCUCUACUUUUUUAUCAUUAUUUUUCCAGAAUUUUUGGAUGAGUAGUUUUUAAAUGGCCUUAGGGUUUGUGACAUGUAUGCAAAUAUUAUACACUUUGCCAAAUCAAUUGUGAAAUGAUGAGGAUGUAUCCAAUGGUUCCCAAAUUUUUUGUGCUUAAACUAGACACAUUCAUGGUGAUUUUGGUGUAGAGUUUGUGAAUUUAUCAUUUGUGGUUUGUGAGUUAUGAUUUUUUGAAUUAGGGUGUGACAAUUUGUGUCACACCAUUGAUGUCCAACUUGAUGAUUUUCAUUACCAUGCUUCUUGACCUCCAAUUGAUCUGAUUUUUUGCAUGAACCUACUCUUGUAUGUCUAGUUUACAUGUGAUUUUUUAUUGGAAUUAUUUGAAGCAUUUUCCUAAUUGUUUGAGAUUUUCUCCCCUGCUUGGUCAUAUGUUGACUUCUUGUGACACAUGUUCCCAUUUCAUUUGUGAAAUUCUCAUACUUUGUUAGAUGGACAUGAAAUUUUACAUGAGAUAACUAGACAUCCUCAUCUUUACCAUGGUUUUGAUCCCAUUCAUUUCUCAUACACCAUCUCUGACUUAUGAUUUUUCUAAGUUGAUGCAUGUUUGGGUGACUCCUUUGAGCAUGUUCAAAAUUGCUUUGACUUUCUGAUUUUCAUUGACUGCCUUCCACUUGUCCAAAUGAGAUGAAAUUUGACAUGCUUACCAUGCUGUGGAUUGUGAUUGAUCAUGAUUUAUUUGAUGAUUUUUGGAAAUGUUUAGGAUUGCUUUUGAUUCAAGUCUUGCUGUUGACUUCUAUGAGCUUCUAAAUGCCAUGUUUUGAUUUCUUUUGUUCAUAAAAUGAUGAUGAUGAUUGAUAUGAAUGUGAACCCAAUUGGUUGUGUCUCUUAAUGGUUUGAACAUGAUUUUGGACACUCAUCCUUUGCUGUUUUGACUUUUUCAUUCUCUUUUGACCCUAGGCUUGUCCUAGUGGUCCUGUUACUCACUUUUAAGCUUGUGUUUUCAGGUUGACCAACAAAUGACCAAUGAGACUAAUUCUUUUUGAUUGGGCUUGCCUAAAUACCAUGACUAACUUGUUUGUUUUGUAGGUGCUUUUAGUUGCUUAGUUCCUUGUGAACUUUUUGCUUUGCUUUGCUUGCAUAAGCAAUUUGCAUUGAGGUUCCAGUAAUUCAACCGGUGCGCAUAGCUUGUCUGUUCAGAUAACCUGCUGGGAGUCAACAAAUUCAAGCUGAUGGAUCUUCUCAACGCCGAUAUCCUUGAGCUGAAAGGGAUGAUGAAGGACUUGUUCAGUGUUGUGCAAGGGCUUGCCUUGGGACAGAAAGCCAUGUCUGAGAGAUUGGAAAAGAUUGAGAAAUGGCUGAUAGUAAAGAAGGUUCAGGGGAAGGCUCCGUCCUCCGAAGUGAACAAACCUUCUGGUACUGUAGCAAGGAAAUCCUCCGACAGUGGUCCAUUCAAGAAGAAGGUUGAGCCAGUUGGUGUGCCCGCAAAGAAAGAACGUGGUAAAGAUCGUUAUCACCCUUACGCUACCACUGUAUCCACUCCUGUCAGCAAAUCACCUGUUCAACAGCAACAACUGCCACCUCCACAGAAGACACCGAGGGUUGAAAGCCAGGUGAAGAAGAAGAAAGAGGAUCGUCAGUUUGAGGAACCACCCGUGACAUACGCCCAUCUGUUCCAAAGGUUGAUGGAUCUUGCUUUAGUACGGCCAAGGAUAUUGAUUCCCAUAGAACGGCAGAAGAGGCCACCAAACUAUGAUGAGAAGGCCAAGUGCGAGUUUCACUCUGGGGCACCCGGACACAACAUUGAGGGCUGUAGAGCUUUUAAGCAUGUCGUCCAGGACAUGGUGGACUCUGAGACCAUUAACUUGGCCCAGAUUAUGAAGGGGGAUAUCAACCCUGCGCCCAGAAGGGGUCCUGUAAAAGUCAAGAUGGUGAAGAAGGCCAAGAAAGGAUUGAAGAUGACUGAGGAGGAUCAGCUAAAGGUUCCAAUGGCUGUGGUCCCAAAACCUCUGGAGCAGGAUGGAGUUUUCCCUGUUAGUGAUAAUUCUUGUGCGAUCGUCACCAUAGAGGGAAGUGGAUUGAUGAAAGACACGACCCAAAAGAUGAAGGAAGUAGAAAUGGACGAUGUAAGGUGCGGAGCACCCCGUCUGGCAGUUGAAACCGUCCAGGUAGAGAAGGCCCUUGUUGCUGAGAAAGAGAAGAAGUUGUCCAUUUCUUCUUAUAAACAAGCUCUGGAAGUGGUGAGAAACAAAGAGGCGCAAGGCUGGGGAAGGAUCAUUGACAUCGUGAUAAAAGCAGACAUGUUUGGGGUCGGAUAUCAGCCGGAUUUAGAGUCGUCUAGACCAAACAGAGGAUGUCGUCCGCCGUACACCUUCGUCAGUGCAAGGAUGUUGGGUCCUGGUCAUGCCCGUUCAGUGGUUGAAGAUGUUGACAGCAACCGCGAGCUUGAGGCGUGGAUAAAGUCGUGCGUACCAGGCAACUGGAAGGCCUCCAAAAGCAUCACUGUCACUCAUCCAGGAGUGUAGUAUUUCUGUGUUUUAAUCUUGUUUGCAUGAAAGCCGUACGUUUUGCCCGAAGCGUACUGGUCCAUUGUAAGGGCCACCUCAUGUGUUUCAUUUUGCAACAUUUUGCAUCAGUAAUAAAUGGAUGUUUUUUGUAAUUAAAGGCGGCGUUCCCUGUUUUUCACUUUUUGCAGUUUUAAAAAAAUAAAAUAAAAUGGCAAUGUUUUUAUUCUCUUUCCUUUCGAUUCAUUUGGUUCCGACCUUAAAAGUGAUUCUCUCGAGCUCAUCGAUAACAAUUUGGUUACACCUUUAUAGGACUUCGACAAUCCAAGCUAUCAUGCCGAAGAAGAAGGCGCAGAAGAUCGUGAUCAGCUGGAAUUAGCCAGGUUGUUGAAACAAGAGGAGAAGGUGAUUCAACCGCACGAGGAGUGAUUCAAGAUUGUUACUCCAAGCUCCGCCGAGGUUAGAAAGCAAAAGCUGAGGCCGACAAAGGACGAGAAAGAGAGAAGGUGUGAAUAGACUAUCAAGAUGCGAGCAGAGCUAAUCAGAAAGAUGCAUUCCCGGUACAUCACAAUGAGGUAUUGGUUGAUUAUAUGGCUCAGGUCUCAGUGUUUAUCUUCGUGGAUGGCUUCUUGGCCAAGACCAGAUUGAAUUGUUGCCAGAUGAUAUGAAGUAAGCCAUGUCCAUCACACGAGGGGCACCUUCUUGUUCUAAGUUGAUGUCGUUCCGUCACAUGAGGCCGGUGCCACGUAUCAGAAGUCUACGGUGACUUUGUUUCAUGAUAUGAUUCAUCGUGAAAGCAAAUGCCAUGUUGAUGACAUGAUGACAAAGUCCCAAGCAGAACAGGGGCAUCCGGUAGACUGGGGCAAAGUUGUUUGAAUCAGUGCACCUGUGGAGUGUUGUCCAUCAAGCUACCGAGGCUUGUUGUGAGCGAAUCAGAGGAAUCGAGGUCAAUCCUGCUAAAAAAAAAAAAAAAAGAGAUAAAUUGCAGGAACCUCUGAUUCUGAUACCUCAGUGAAAGAGAUAACUGUUAAUCCGGUACUUGAUAACCCUCGAGAGGUCUACGAGGUGCGUAUUGAGUCAGCAUGACUAGUCUUGUCGAAAAGAGUAUGCAAUUUACCUAAGCAAAAAGUUUAUCGACCGUGAAACAAUACACUCACUGUUCGAAAAAACUUGAUGUACUUCGGCAUAGGCUGCUCGCCGACUGAGACAGUGUAUGCUGAUUCAUACCACUUUGUGGAUGUCCAAAAUGGAUCUGAUCAGAUAUGUGUUUGGAAAGCUAGCAGCAACCCGUGGAAGGUCAUCAACCAAGGAAGUUUGAGGUCCCUGAUGAGGACAUCUCGAGGUACUCAAAUCGAAAGAUUGGGAGUGACUGAUCCCGGAGGAGGGGUCUGACCCCGAAUCCGAACGGAUUCCGAUGUCUGAGGGGGAAAGAGAUGAGGUGAAUAAGUUAGUGCUUCCCGGAUCCCAGUUGGUUGCACCAACAAUGGUGGCUGAACAUAAAGUCUGUAUCCUGGAUAUUGAACCUAGGGAUGUGCAUCUACCUGGGACAGUGUCUUCCUCACGGAUGUAUGAGAAACCAGAGAACGCUAAAUGGAUAAAGACUCAGAAUGACACGUUGAGUCCAACCGAGGGAAGGGCUGACAGUUACUUGUCAUAGGGCAGUUGUACCCAGUGAACGAAGCAUGUUGUUAACCAAGAAGUAUGACCUCGCGCGUACCACGUGGAAGAAUUGGUUGAAAAGGAUCCUUCCUCCUCAAAGACGAUUGUGGGGCAAAUGGACAAACAGUUAUGAAUGUCCAUUCGUGGCCAAGAGGGUCCCAUCUGACAGAACCUUGUUGUUUAUGACCACGGAUGACGACGAUUUUCCAUUCCCUGUGAAUGCGGACGCAGUUAGAAAAUACUUCGUGAAAGAAACCCGCUGGAAAAAAAAAAAAAAAAAAAAAAAAAAAAGAAUAAAGAGUCCAGGCAAAAAAAUGGGCAUCCCGGCGAACCAAGAAAAAGAGAAAGGUUCGGGCAAAAAUUAGGGAUAUAAAUAGAAAAAAACUGUACACCCGGCAAGUUGAAAACCCGCAAGGGCGACUGGGGCAAAAAAGGGUAUCCCGGUGGACUGAAACCCGAAAGGGCGGUCCAGGCAAAAGAGGGAAUAAAACGAACAACUGCGUCUAGCAUGAUCAUUUGUGCUCAUGAUGACUUGGAUAAUCUCCGACAGAGACCGAUCGGAAGCGUCUUGUUCAGAAGACAGAAGGUGCGGAAAGUCCUGAGGACAUAUGAGGUGUAACUAAGUUGGAACCCGAUGAGAUCACGGUUUCACGUUGCCAUUAGGAUAGAUUUUUCCUUUUGUGUGCAAUCACCUCUUUCCAGGGUUUGCUUCCUGUGUGUUGCUCGAUUGUGAGCCAUCUUUUAUUCCAGUAAAAUAAAGCGUGUGUUCAGUCAAAUAAUUUUGUUUUGUUGUCAUUACCGUUUUGAUUACGAAAACAUCCGUUUGUUUUGAUAAGAAUAUUUGCAUUUUGAAACAUAGAGGUCUCUUCCAAUGCAUGCUUGUAUGAUUGAAAUCUGGAAAUCUUACCUGGAAGUCUGAGUGACCUAAGUGUUGAAAUAUCAGAACACCUGGGGCAUACCUGGGGCACGUUUUUAUCUGACGAUCUCUUGUGCAGAGCCUGAUUAGGGGCAACGGAUAGUUUAGCGGUGAAGAGACGGUGAAGGAUUACGACCACGGUCCUGGAAAAUUAAUCAAGAAGACUCUUCAAAGUCUGAUGAUUGGAAAGUUUGCAUGAAUACCAGGAGUUCGAUCCCCGUGGAGUACGGACGAGAUUUGGAAUACAAGAUGAUGGAGCAGAAAAGUCCAGAAGAGUCUGAGAGUUCUUAAAAGUGGAAAGUCAACACUAUGGGUGGAUGAUGGAUACCAGUGUUCGACGAGUCGACCGACACCCCCGUCAAACAGGCUGUAUCUCCCCAGAGGAUUAAGAGUGUGAUCUCCCUGACAGAUUCGAGAUCGUUGUCUCCUCAGCAAGCCUGAAGGUUGUCACGUCCCCAGCCCAAGCCAGUAUUGAAGCUAUCAGAAUUAUUUUCCCCUGCAGAGAUACCUGUGGACAGUACCUUCUUUCCCCAGCAGAUCUAAGGAUUGCUUCUCCCCAGCAGGCCUAUGCUUGCAGAUUUCCCCAGUUGAGAAUCCCCGCUGAGCGCCUGACAGUUAUUUUCCUCGGGAGCACCCCAGUGGAGUUUAUCUGUAGACCGUUGGUGUGUCCCCCAACAAUUGGUUUUGUGAUACUAUCAUCUCCAGUAUGACCGUGAGUGCUUAUCCCAAGCAGGUUUGUGGGAAUUCAUCUCCAGUAUGAUAUGACGUGCUAUCAUCCUCGACAGAGUUGUUACUCUUGCCACUACGGUUGUUCUCUCCACUAUGGUUUUUCUCUCCAGCAGAAUGGUGUGGUUUUUCCUCAGCAAGUUCCCCGAGUGGAGCGGGUCUUAUGAAAUGCAUCACCAGCAGUGAUUCUCCUACAUAUGGAUUGGUUGGGUCGUCCCUAGUGGAGUAGUAUUUAUUUCUCCAACAGAGUUCAUCCUACCAGUGGAUUGGACGGGUUUUUGUAGUAGACUGAUAUCUGCAUCCUCAGCUGAGUUGAGUCUACCUAUGGAUCGCGUGGAUUAUCCCCAACGGAGUAACGGACAUUCUCCAAAGCAGGGUUUAUCCUAUCUGAAGAUUGGUUGAGUCUUCCUCCCAGCGAAGUCGCUUUACCAUUCCCCAGCGCAGUUCCUGGAAUUCCCCGGUGUUGUCUCCGAAGGAGACGUGUGUUUAUGCAUUCAUCAUUUAGAUAAGCAUAGCAUAUUGCAUCAUUAGUGCAUAGCAUUUCCAUGAUCAUUGGGCAUUGUGUAAAACAAGGAAAAACUCAUGCAUCAACAUAGCAAGCAUAUCCAUUAGCCCUAGGCCGUGGUGACCAGCCGAGGUUGGGUUGUUGGAAAGAGUUUAGCAUCGCGCCACUGGAUCGGCUUCAGAAUCGGGUUCAUCAGCAUGGUUGAGAGGUUGGUGUUUUCCCAACAAGUGACUCCUCAGUCGAGUGGGUAUCCCCAGCAAUGUUACUCCCCAAUUGUUGGCAUCUUGCCAGCUUGGGUCUUUUCUCCUUAAGCAGAUAUGGGUGUGUCCGAUCUCUCCAUGUAGAGUCUACCCCUUAAGCAGAAAGUGUCAAUCUUUUCCUGCCAUUUCCCCACUGAGAUACGUCCUCGUGGAUGACGGUUGCUUCCGUUCCCUCCCAACACACAUUGGGAUGGGUUUUCCCUAUUGAGUUCUUUCCUCAUUAGGAUGAGUCUUGUUUCAGUCUGCCUUUUUGGAUCGAUCCUAAAUUGGCUUCCUGUUGGCUGUCUCCUGUACUUCCCCAGGGCAUAAAUGAAUAGUCGCUCACUAACCGGCACUCAUUCAUUUCAUCCUCAGCGGAAUUUGUUGGCCUCUACCUACAAACCGGUAGUUGUAAGUCCUAUCUUUGUGGUUUUCUACCUACUAGCUGGUAGUUGUAAAAUCCCACUUUCAUCCCCUUGGUGGAGUUAACCCCUUGUGCUCAUCCCGAUGAUGACUGGUUACUUUUCCAUUGGCCUCAACCUACAACCCGGUUAUGGAUAAUCUUCCAUGCGAGUGUAUUAUCUACGUUUUGACGGCUAUAGAUAAUAUACUUAUGUUUUUCCGGUAUUCAGACCGAAGGAGUUUCCGACGAUCAGGUCGAUGUACUCAUGGCACUCAGGCCAAUUUCCCGGUGUUCAGACCGAAGGAGUUUCCGACGAUCAGGUCGAUGUACUCAUGGCACUCAGGCCAAUUUCCCGGUAUUCAGACCGAAGGAGUUUCCGACGAUCAGGUCGAUGUACUCAUGGCACUCAGGCCAAUUUUCCGGUAUUCAGACCGAAGUGGCGAUCAGGCCAAUCCGAUUUUCAAAUCAAAGAAGUUUUCCUCCUCUCCGUUGGUGUCGAUAAACGUCGAGUUUUUCCCGAUCAUCCGUUGAUGAUUUGGUUGUGUCCUCCUUCCCAAGUGAAGUAUUCUCCUCUCCGUUGGUGUCGAUAAACGUCGAGUUUUUCCCGAUCAUCCGUUGAUGAUUUGGUUGUGUUCACUCUCCCCAGUAAAGUUUUCUCCUUCUCCGUUGGUGUCGAUAAACGUUGAGUCUCCCUUUCGUCCUAUGACGUCUAGUAAAGUUUUCUCCUUCUCCGUUGGUGUCGAUAAACGUUGAGUCUCCCUUUCGUCCUAUGACGUCUGGUUGAGUUUUCUCCUUCUCCGUUGGUGUCGAUAAACGUUGAGUCUCCCUUUCGUCCUAUGACGUCUGGUUGAGUUUUUCACCUUCUCCGUUGGUGUCGAUAAACGUUGAGUCUCCCUUUCGUCCUAUGACGUCUGGUUAAGUUUCCUCCUCUCCGUUGGUGUCGAUAAACGUCGAGUUUUUCCUAUUCGUCCUAUGACGUCUAAUUGUACCUGUCCCCACGUGGAUUUACCUCUCCGUUGGUCUUGGUAAACGUUGAGUUUUUCCCAUUUCGUCCGUUGAUGUAUGGUUGUAUCCCUUCCAUUCAUUCAUUAAUGUUUGGUUACCUCUCCGUUGGUCUUGGUAAACGUUGAGUUUUUCCCAUUUCGUCUGUUGACGUAUGGUUGUAUCCCUUCCAUUCAUUCAUUAAUGUUUGGUUACCUCUCCGUUGGUCUUGGUAAACGUUGAGUUUUUCUCAUUUCGUCCGUUGAUGUAUGGUUGUAUCCCUCCCAGUCAUUCAUUAAUGUCUGGUUACCUCUCCGUUGGUCUUGAUGAACGUCGAGUUUUUCCUAGUUGUCCGUUGGCAUCUAGUUGUGAUUUCUUUUCCCAUUUAUCGUCGUUGCGAUGUCUGGAUGUGGCCGUACCCUUUGAAAACAAAAAAAAAAACAACAACAAAAUACCCAGUAAUAAGUAUCAGAUCCCAGUGGACGUUUCCAUUGGUGGAUCCCUGUAUUGUGCAAAUUCUACAGUUCUUUGGUAUUCAAUCCCUGUUUACCCUGAAAGUCUGACAGCCGUUGCUCUCAUCCAUUCGGGUUCCCAGCUGAUUGAAUAGGGGCAGCUGUAGCACCUCAAAUUUGCACCUAUCAUUGUACAUACAUUUUCAUAUUAGGUCAUAGCAUAUCAUGGUCCAUUGCAUAGCAUUGCAUUGCCUCUUUUGCUUCAAGAGCAAGCAAGUCAAGAAAUUAGGUCAAACUGAUCAGAAGAUCAGUCAACCAAGCAAGCAAGCACAAUUCUCAAGGAGCCAAGGCCCUAGGGUUUGUCCAACAAGUUCACAUGACUUGGAGGUCCAUUUGAAGUGUUCAAGUCAAGGGUUGAAGGCUCAGAGGUCAUCAGUUCAUACACAGACAGUCAAAAACCCUAAGACAGUCAACAGUCAGUCAAAGCUGUGGAUGGUGGCCAUUCUUGUGGAAUUUGGGCACCAUGAUCAAUAAUCAAGAGUUCAUACAACUUGAGACAUUAUUUGAAGUCAAGUUCUCAAGGAAUUAGGGUUUGGAAUUCAUCAGAAGAGGUUCAGUCAGGCAGAAACCCUAAAAGUCAACUGUUGGUCAACUGUCCAUUUAAUCAGUGAUUUGAUGAUGGGAUUUGGUUUGAGAGAGUUUAUUCAUGUCCAAAUAGGCCUCAUAUAUCAUGUAAAACACCACCAUGGAAGAAUUUGAAGCCAGAUCAGAAAUUUCCAAAAAUGGAAACUGGACCUGUAACUGAAACUUACCAAAAAUGGAAAGUCUUGAUCCUCAAACUUACAUCAUGAUACAAGCUUCAAAUGAAUUUUUGCCCAACAUGAAAGUUGAAGAUCUUGUUCUCCCAUUUCCAAAAAGUCCAAGAACUCUCAAUUCCCAUGUGUGGUUGGCAAGUUAUGAUCGAAUCGAUUUCAGAAAAUCUUGAACUUCAAAAGGCCAUAUCUCUCAAACCGUUUGGCCAAUUUUGGUGGGGUUUUUUCCUACAAGUCACAUUUGAUCCCCUCUUUCCAAAAAUAUAAAUUUCAUGAGCCAAAACUUCACCAAUCAAAAUGGCAUUUUUUGACUUAUCUCAUUUAAAUUCAAGUUUGACCAAGGGUUGACUUUUUGAAAUAAUCAUCUUUGAACCAUUUGGCCAAUUGAAAUAGCUCAGAAAUGUCAUUUAAAAUGUGUUUGCAAGCUCAAUUAUGCAGUACAUGUGGCCAUUCUUUAACUUGUUUGAAAUUUGGACAAAAGGUACACUUUCACCAUGCUACUCCAUACUAUCCACCAUACCUUGCUUAGUACUCUCAAAUAGCAGACCUUAUGCAUCAUUUCUCUGUCAUUUUGAAACCUCAUUGUGCAGCCAUAACCAACAGAAAAAGGUCAUACCUAGUUGCUUGAAAAUGGGCAAAAGGACACUUUCAUCCAUACUUCCAUGGACCUUGCUUUGUACCAUGACAUAGCAGCCUUGUUCAUCAAUUUUUCUGUCAUUUUUUGAGUACACUACUAGCUGCCAACUUCACUCAUGCUGAAAACUCCUGUGGUGCAUUUUUCAUUUUUCUGUCCAAAAAACUCCAAAGUUACAACCCUGCCUUGCCACAGAAGCAACUUUUCAACAGCAGGUUUGGUGUUGGAUUUUCUGUCAUUAGAGGACAGCAACAGCAGCCAACAUAACAAGAGGAACAAAACCACCUUCACUCACUCCCUCAAGAAUGGACCUUGCUUGGCAUUUAUCUAAAAUCUGUCAAGACUCCCAAAGUGAAAAGCAUUACCUAACCACUAAGCAACAUCCAACAGCAGACCUGAUGCAGCAUUUUUCUAUCAUUUUGAAAUUCAAUUGCAGCCUCUAACCACACAAAUCCUCACUCUCUCUCAUUGGACAUUCUCUCUCAAAAUUGCCAAUGCUGUUCAAAACAACCAGCAACACAAAACAGCAGGGCUUUUCAUCAUGUUUCUAUCAUGAGUAACACUUAGCAGCCAUCAAACAUAACACAACCAAACCUCACUGAUGCUAAAAUCCUCACUCUCUCUCAUUUGGCAUUUUGGACAAAAUUGCAAAUUCAGUUCUAAACAACAAGCAACAUAAAACAGCAUGUCCUUUCCUCAUUUUCCUGUCAUGUGAAACCAGUUGCAACCAACACAAACCAUUUGGGCCAAGGCAAAAAAAAAAGAAGCCAUUGUUCACUCAUUCUAAAAACUCACCUUGCUUUGCAUUUUUAAAAAAAACUCAGUCCAAACACAAAAGGAACCAGACCUGGCCUUGGCUUGAGGCAAUAUUUUCCACCAUUUUGCUGUCAAAGAAACCAGCUGCAGCCAACCAUCCAACAGCAGAAACCCUUGCUCACACUCAUUUCUCUCAAGCUUCAUCUCUUGCUCAUGAUGAACUGAACCUGCCUUGCUUAACACAAUAUCUCCUCAUCAUUUUUCUGUCAAAAAAAUGAAACCAACUAGCAGCAGCCAUGACACAUGAGAAGACAGAAAUCACUCAUUCAUCUUGCUUUGGCAUUUAGCAUUACCUGUCAAACUUCCAAAAAGAAACAAAACCUGGCACUGCUAUUUCACUAUCCAUUUCAUCAUAGGAAAUCAUUAGCUGCAACCAUCAAACACAUCAAACCAGGAUUCAUUCAUCACUCAUCCUAAAAACCUUCAUUUUAUGCAUUUCCAAAAAGCUGUCCAAGAACCUCCAAAAGAACCCAGCCUUGUAUUGUGUUCUCACCAUCCAAGCAUCAUCUUAGACUCAUGGCAAGCAUCAUCCUUCAUCUGUAAACUCCUUUUCCACUGCUGCUUUGAAAGGACAUCAUCCAUGGCAGAAAUUGUUUGAGCUCAUUCCAAGCAUCCACAAGCCAAAGCUCUUCAACCAAUCAACACUUGGAAGGCCUUGCUUCAUCUGUCUCACCAUUAAAAGGCCAAAACCACACUGUUUCUCAUUCUGCUUCAAUUUUUGGUAUGGAUUCGACCCCCCCCCCCUUUUGUUUAAUUAUUACAUGCUUUCAAAAGGUCUUUCAAUGUUGAGUUUAGUGAUGUCUUUAUUUUUGAAAAUGGUUAAGUAUGUGUGGAGUUAUGCUGUUUGGAAGUUUGAUGAUGCUUAUUUACUUUGCUCGAUUCUUGGCUUGUAUGGUGUUUUAAUGGAAAUCAAUGAUGGAUUCAUGUUUGUCAUUGCUUGCUGGUCACUUGGGUAUAAUCGAUUUUGAUUUUUGGGAAAGUUUGUAAAAUUCGAUUGAAAGAGGGAUGAAGAUGCUGAAACCCUAAUUACCAAAUGCAUUUCCCAGAUUUUCUUCAUCAUUUCCACAUGCAUGGCAUGGCUUUCCUCACCAACCAAUGAAAACAUUUCCUUUUAAUGGCCAAAACGACCGUGUUUAGAUAAGUGACCCAGGGAAUUACAAAAAUGCCAUCCUUGCUUUAUUAAUCCAAAUUAAUUUCACAUUUUAAUCACCAAUCUUGCAAAAAUCAUAAAUGCUUCAAUUUUAAUCCAAUUUGAAUGGGAUUUUUUGUGUUGUGUUCAUCAUGAUCUCUACUUUUUUAUCAUUAUUUUUCCAGAAUUUUUGGAUGAGUAGUUUUUAAAUGGCCUUAGGGUUUGUGACAUGUAUGCAAAUAUUAUACACUUUGCCAAAUCAAUUGUGAAAUGAUGAGGAUGUAUCCAAUGGUUCCCAAAUUUUUUGUGCUUAAACUAGACACAUUCAUGGUGAUUUUGGUGUAGAGUUUGUGAAUUUAUCAUUUGUGGUUUGUGAGUUAUGAUUUUUUGAAUUAGGGUGUGACAAUUUGUGUCACACCAUUGAUGUCCAACUUGAUGAUUUUCAUUACCAUGCUUCUUGACCUCCAAUUGAUCUGAUUUUUUGCAUGAACCUACUCUUGUAUGUCUAGUUUACAUGUGAUUUUUUAUUGGAAUUAUUUGAAGCAUUUUCCUAAUUGUUUGAGAUUUUCUCCCCUGCUUGGUCAUAUGUUGACUUCUUGUGACACAUGUUCCCAUUUCAUUUGUGAAAUUCUCAUACUUUGUUAGAUGGACAUGAAAUUUUACAUGAGAUAACUAGACAUCCUCAUCUUUACCAUGGUUUUGAUCCCAUUCAUUUCUCAUACACCAUCUCUGACUUAUGAUUUUUCUAAGUUGAUGCAUGUUUGGGUGACUCCUUUGAGCAUGUUCAAAAUUGCUUUGACUUUCUGAUUUUCAUUGACUGCCUUCCACUUGUCCAAAUGAGAUGAAAUUUGACAUGCUUACCAUGCUGUGGAUUGUGAUUGAUCAUGAUUUAUUUGAUGAUUUUUGGAAAUGUUUAGGAUUGCUUUUGAUUCAAGUCUUGCUGUUGACUUCUAUGAGCUUCUAAAUGCCAUGUUUUGAUUUCUUUUGUUCAUAAAAUGAUGAUGAUGAUUGAUAUGAAUGUGAACCCAAUUGGUUGUGUCUCUUAAUGGUUUGAACAUGAUUUUGGACACUCAUCCUUUGCUGUUUUGACUUUUUCAUUCUCUUUUGACCCUAGGCUUGUCCUAGUGGUCCUGUUACUCACUUUUAAGCUUGUGUUUUCAGGUUGACCAACAAAUGACCAAUGAGACUAAUUCUUUUUGAUUGGGCUUGCCUAAAUACCAUGACUAACUUGUUUGUUUUGUAGGUAGCUUGGCUCACAUGCCUUAAGCUUUGUGCCUUGCACAUUCACUUGCUUGUGUUGACUGGUUGAUGUCUGUUUCUUUUUUACUUUGUUUGAAGUUGCAUACUAACAUCUGCUUGACUGUUUCAGGUGCUUUUAGUUGCUUAGUUCCUUGUGAACUUUUUGCUUUGCUUUGCUUGCAUAAGCAAUUUGCAUUGAGGUAUGUCUCCUUUUCUUCAUGUAGUCUGGAAGACCUGGCCUGUUAUUUGGCCAGGCAACUGUCUGAAGCCCUCCUUAAGAGGCAAUGUUUGUGGAUGUUUAAUUUUGUCCUUGCAUAGAGUCAAAGUCCUCCUAAGUGAAGAGGCAAUUGGUGGAAGGUAGGGAUAUGCAAUCUAUCCCCCACUAUUCAGUGUGUCAUCUGCUUUGCUCACACCACUGUGUUGAUGCAUUGCAGAUACAAACCCAAGAUCUUGUACAAUUGUACAGUUGAGUCAGUCUUAAAUGUGUAGAAGGGUUCCCACUUUCUGGACCCACACAUUCUUGUCUUGAGCUCUCCCAGGCCAGGGAUAAGAGUUGUGAAGUCUUACCUUCACUCACCUUUCAUCUGCUUCACCUUAGCCCCUCAAUGGCAAGGUUAAGAGCACAUUCACCCAGUUCCAGAGGUUUGUUUGUUGAGGUUGAUAUGACCCCUCGACUAAAACCUAGCCUUGUUUGAGCCACUUGCUUGUGUAUAGUGUGUGCUAUCUGUGCUUGUAGGAUUGUUUGACUUGCUUCCUGUGCAAGUUAGGAUUGUUUGACUUGCUUCCUGUGCAAGUUAGGAUUAGUUUAGACUUGCUUCCUGUGCAAGUUAGGUUUUGCUUGGCUUGCUUCCUGUGCAAGUUAAGUGUGUGUGUGGCUUGCUUCCUGUGCAAGUCAUGUCUAGGAUAGGCUGGCUCUCUGUGCCAGUUAGCUAGAAACCUUAACUUAGGGAUGAUUUGCAUGAUAACAUCUAGGCUCGAGUCGUAGUCUCCCUAGUGUUGUGUCUCCCUCUGUUAUCUGGUUAGGCUAGUCCUUUAUCCCUCCGUAGGGGAACUACAUCGCCCUGAUCUUCACACCAGAUGAAGUAUGUAGGCAGGAGAUUGAGCUGAUCUCUCCGGGCGCCUUUUCUUUCUUUUGUGUGUGUUGUCUGACCUUUGCUAGGCUCGAGUCUGUGACUCCUUAGCGUUUGCUGUCUGUCUGUUUGUGUGUGUUUGACAGUUAUAGGCUCGAGUCCCCGACUCCCUAUUAACCUGUUGUGUUGUUGUGUGCUUGGAAGCUGAUGUAAGUCCAUCGAGUGGCAUUUGGGUUCCAGUGUGCGUGCGUUUGGUUCGGAUGCUGAUGUAAGUCCAGUGAUUGGCAUUCAGGCUCCACGUUUGCCUCUUUGUGUGAGUUUAGGUUCGGAUGCUGACAUAAGUCCAGUGAUUGGCAGUCGGGCUCCACGUUUGCCUGUGUUUGUGUUUGUUUGUGUGCGUGUCAGCCGAGCUACGAAUGCUCUGAUUCUUCUCUCGUCCGAGAAGAUACGUAUGCAUAGGAUGCGAUAUCCUAGCGAGCAUGUGUCGUUUCCCCAGUCCGAACUACUUCGACUCUGAUGUCUAUGCCUGAUAGACUAAGUAGUCCCAGGAUGCGGCAUCCUGCCGAGUCAGUUUCAGUCAGUCUCUUUUGUCUCUUUCAGCCAGUGUGUGUAUGUGUGUGAGCAGUGUUUAGCAACCAAUAUUCCUUCCUUUUAUGCGUGGAUCCCGUAGAGUACUACGGAUGCGUAGGGGUGCUAAUACCUUCCCUUCGCCUAACCGACUCCCGAACCCAUCCUCUUUGGUCGCGAGACCAUGUUCCUUCCAGGUUUACUUCGAGCGUUUCCUUUCCCUCUUUUGGGAUAAAUAACGCACGGUGGCGGCUCUGUUGUGUCUUGUUUCCCGCCGGUUUUUCGCGCGAUGCGACAGGUGCUAAUACAUUCCCCUUAUGUAAUCCACUCCCGAACCCGAAUAUGGUUGCGAUGACCAUUAUUCUAUUUCUUAAAGGUUUUAUCGAUAUUUUCCUAUUCCUUCAUUGGGAUAAAUAAAGUUCGGUGGCGACUCUGUUCGAACAUAAAUUUUUUCCGUGACCAUCGCGAGGAAUCGUAUUUUUCGAGAUGCGACAGUAUGUAUACAUUGAUUAUAUAGUUGCUAAAUCCACUUCAAAAAAUUGUCAUUUGGACCACCUUCGACAGUCCUUUGAAAGGAUGAUGAAAUAUGGAUUGAAAAUCAAUCCAUUAAAAUGUACUUUUGAUGUUCACGCAAGUGACUUUUUGGGCUUUGUGGUUCACAAAAAAGUCAUUGAAAUAAACCAAAACAAGACGAAGGUUAUACUUAGUAGAAAGCCUCCAUCAAACAAAAAGAAACUUGAAUCUCUAUUGGGUAAAAUUAACUUCUUAAGGAGAUUCAUUUCAAAUCCAAGUGGUAAGACAAAAAUAUUCUCAGUAAUGCUGCGUAUGAAGAAGGAAGAAGGAAGAAGGAUUCAAGUGGGAUCCAAAACAUCAAAAAAUAUUUGAUGAAAUCAAGAGCUAUUUGAUGAAUCCUUAUAUUCUCUUACCUCCUAUCAGAAAUAUGCCUAUGAAAUUGUAUAUUUUUGCAUCUGAAUUGACUAUAGGAAGCAUGUUAAUCCAAAAGGAUGAUGAUGGUGUCUAAAGAGACAUUUAUUACAUCGGUUGAGUUUUGCGUGAUGUAGAAACUAGGUAUAGCUCAAUAGAAAAUUUGUAUAUUUGUUUGUAUUUCUCUUGUACCAAAUUAAAAUAUUAAAUAAAAUUGACUGAUGUUUUUGUCUA